GGUUCCAGAUAAUUUAGAUAUUGAUACCUAGUCAAGUUUUAAGGAAGAUAAAAACUUGUAAUUAGAUUAGAUCAAAAUGUCUAGGAGACCUGCAGGAGUAGCAGCUAUUAAAAAUAAAAAUCUUGCCCAGGCUAAGUACAAAGAUAAAGGUACUGAAAUUGCUGAGAGUCAGUUUGCACAGAUGGGAAAACAAAUGGAAAUGUUUAAACAUAAUCUUGAAGACUUUGCAUCAAAACACAGAGAAGACAUCAGAAAAGAUCCAGAGUUUAGGCUGCAGUUUCAAGAGAUGUGUGCCUCGAUAGGCGUGGAUCCAUUAGCUUCAAGCAAAGGCUUCUGGGCUGAAAUGCUGGGGGUAGGAGAUUUUUACUAUGAAUUGGGAAUUCAAAUUGUUGAAGUUUGUAUGGCAACGAGUAAAAGAAAUGGAGGUUUAAUUGGAAUUGAAGAAUUAAGGAGAAAAGUAGAAGCAUCCAGGGGACGGAACUCACAAGCAAUUAGCAUAGAUGACUUGUUGAGGUCAAUCAAAAAACUGAAAAUUCUGGGCAAUGGGUUUUGUGUGCACAGAGUAGGAGAGAGUUAUCUUGUCCAGUCCAUUCCAGGGGAGUUAACUCUUGAUCACACUAUAGUUCUACAGCAUGCACAGGAAAAUGGUCAUGUAACACAGUCAGGUCUUAUCAAAUCUUUACAAUGGGAAAAAGAAAGAGCUAAACGAGCAUUGGACUUCAUGGUCACUGAAGGUCUGGCCUGGGUUGAUGAUCAAAGUGGAAGUGAGCGUUCAUUUUGGUUUCCUAGUCUCAUCCCAGAUUUUUCCACUUCAGUCAGUUGAUUAAACAUUCAAACUUGUUCAUACAUUUUUUAAAUGUACUUUGUGUCUGCUGAAACGUCUUUAAAUUAUUUAGGGUUGUCUAUUUAAAAAAAAAUUGGAGUUAUACAAAUAUUUUGUCUUACUAGAACAAGAACAUAAUGUCUUUACAUAGUUCCUUAUUUUACCAAUCUUUUGUUUUAAGUUCUCUUAAGACAAGCAAAACAUUUCAACAUUUCAUCUUACGUAUAACAUAAUAAUUGAGUCUUUCAAUCAUAAUACAGGAAUGUAUUAUGUAUUAUAUAAUAAUUAUUGGUGAAUUAAUACAAUACCUUUGUUCUUGUUUAAUUUUCUUUUCUACUGUUAAAUGUUGUUUGAAUGACUGUUGCAGUCACUGUUAGUAGUGUUAGAAUUGGCUGUUAUGUUUUCCUUUGUUCCAUUUUUUGUAAUUUUUUUUAAUGAGAAUCUGUCAUUUGAUAAUAUAAUUAUAAUUGAUUUACGAAGUGAACAAGAAUUUAGUAUGAAAAUAUAUUUUCUCUA